AAGAAAUGGCAUCAUCUCAAGUCGAAAUCGCUCCGUCUUCGCCGUUCGGCUGUGUCUUACGGGAUCGAAAUAGGAGAGACGGGUGCCACAGAGAGAGCGGCUGCAAUUGGAGAAAAUUCCUGGUCAAAGAUCACAAUCUCCACACCACCUGCAUUUCAAUCCCUCCAGACUCCUCUGCCUCCAAUGAGAACGAAAAUUCAUGUUGGCUUCCGAACCACCAGCGUUUCUGCGCCGACAAUCACGGAAAAUCUACCAACUCUAAUUUCAAAGAGAAGAACAGUUUUCCUUCAAGAAAAUCCAAAGAAAUGCCAACAACAAAAACAGAGACUCUGCCUCCACCUCUGCCUCGGUUGGAUAGCCUUGGCCCCGAAAGCCCGAAUAUCGGGGCGGCUUCUCUGGUACGGAUAUGGGAGAAGAGGCUAAACCGAUCCAAGAAUGGAAACAAUUCCAAUUCAGCAGUUUCAGCCGACUGGGGAUUGAGUGGCAAUGAGAAUAAUUCUUCUUCUUCUUCUCCUUCUUCUUCCCCAAGAGAGUCAGAGCCAGAAGCAGAGGACUCUGUUUGCGAAGAGAGAUUUGAUUCAUCGGGGGAUUGGCAUUCCGAUAGAACUGCACCAAGCGAGAUGCCUUCUCCAUGCCGGAGCCAGAAUUCGGAUGCAGGUGAAAACGAGAGAGUCAGAGUGGCUGAUAUAAUCAAGAGAUUGACGGCUGCAAAUCAGGGGCAGAGUACUCUGUCCUGUUCUAGUUCCGGCGGCAAUGACAACGGGCGCGAACAGUCUAAUUCUCCGCGUGAUUGUUUGUCCCCCGUCUCCGAUCACACGGAGCAGAGGAUUUUCUCGCCGCGGAUCAGAGGUCGGCGGGCGUUUGCCGAUUUGCUUAUGCAAAUGGAGAGGGAGCGGCAGGGAGAGCUCAACGCGCUGGUUGAGCGCAAAGCAGUUUCGAGGUUCCCUCAAAAAGGCCGAAUCCAGUCAAUGCUUAGGCUUAGAUUGCUGCAACGUGGCACUGCGGUUCAAGACCGGCAGCAGCAGCGGUUCGCGGCGGCGUCACAAGUGGAGAGGCUGCCACUAGGGUCUUCCAUUACGCAUCUCAGGGAGAGAUUCAGCAUUGGAUUUGAGCAUUCUGCAACAUCUCAGAGUGAUGCAACUACUAAUCCUGGAAGCCCCGGGAGGGAAACAACUAACAACAGUACUAAUUUGGAAAAUUCGUCCAUCCCAAAUAAGCCAGAUAGAAAUAUUCAGAAUCCAGAAGUUAAUUUCAUAGAGCGACAGGAUAGAACAACCCAAGUACAGGAUCCUCCGGCUUAUAUCAUCCACGAGGAACUCGGUCCCUUAACCACAAUACAGGAUACAACAAUCUCAAUACAAGAUCCUCUAGCCCAUAACAUCAAAGAUACCGGUCCCUCAACCCCAGUACAAGAUACAAUAACCCAAGUACAGGACACUGCUGCGCAUAACAUCGUAUAUGUUCACGAGGAAUCCGGUCCCUUAAUCCCAAUACAGGAUACAUUAUCCCUGUCACAGGAUCCUACAAUGCAUAUCAUCGAAGAUAUUCACCAAGAACCCAGUCCCUUGUCUGCAGAACAAGAUACAACAACUCCAAUACAGGAUCUUUGUGCACGUAGCAUCGAAGAUACUCGUGAGGAACCCUGUCCAAGUUCGAGCAUAACAUGGCGAGAAAUGGGCUUUGAUUACAGAAAUCUUGACGUGCAAGAAACAUGCUCGGAGGAUAGAAAUCUCGCUUCACAAGAAACAGCAGGCAAUGAAGAAGUGAGCACGUCUUGUGGUGUCUGGGAUGGAAAUGAUGUUGCAGAAGAGCUCGAAGAGAACUACCAAGAGCAUGCUGAAAUCAAUUACGAUUGGAUCAGUGACAUUUCUCGCCCUCGGAGCUACUGGGAACACCGCAGGCAAGAAUGGUACCGUGAAAUGCUUAACUCCAACUCGGACAAUGCUGAAAUUCGUCGACUACUUGAAAGAGGGACAGUGUCAAGUUUUCUUGCGAGUGAUUUCCGAGAGAAAAUGGACAGAUUGAUGGCGACUCGCUUAGAAAUUAGGCAAGCGCAUCCUGUUGGUGGCAGCCAAGGUGAAGAAGUUGAAGGGAAAAACCAAUUCUUGUCUUUCCUCCAAAACCGUCAACGACAGCAGCAACAACAACGACAUGAAAUUGGGGAAGAAGAGAUAGAAGGAGAAGAGCAAGAACAAGAACAAGGUGAAGGAGAAGAAGAAGAAGAAGAAGAAGAAGAAGAGAGUUUAACUAGUGGUCAAUAUCACGAAGCCGGUAAUUAUUUUGAUCAAUCAACAUCAUCACUAAUGCAAUUUCCUUCACCAACUCUACUAAGAUCAUGGAGUUUUCGAGAUGACGAAGUUGGUGAUGACUCCAAUCUAGCUACAUCGACCUCUCCAAGCCAAAAUUUCCCAUCACAACCUUACUACCAUACUGCUCGGCAAUGCACUUCCUCCAGAAAUUAUCCUUCAAUUGAAAUGGAAAUGAUAUGCGAGCUAAGAGGGCAAAUGGAGCAAUUUUAUCAAGAGAUAUCUGAGAUUAGAAAAUCAUUAAAGAGUUGCAUGGACAUGCAUAUGAUACUAAUGCAACAAUCCAUGAAGCAGGACCUUCAUUCAGUAGAAGGGGAAAAGAAAUCAUUUGGCAGGGCAGUACCAAAGAAAGGAAACUGUUGUAUCUGCUAUGAAAUGAAGGUCGACUCUCUGUUGUACAGAUGUGGUCACAUGUGCACAUGCUUAAAAUGUGCACAUGAACUUCAAUGGAAUAGUGGGAAAUGUCCAAUGUGCCGAGCCCCGAUUGCCGAUGUCGUAAGGGUAUAUUUGGAAUUGGAUUCAUAGACUAAUUGGUGAUGGCGAACGAGUUCUUGCUCCAGAGGACCGUCUCUUUUCUUCCUUUUAAGAAGCAAAACUUUAGUGAUCAGUGAUAACACACUUUGAAGAGGAAAUUACUUUGUUUAUACAUUUUUGCGUUUGCCUUUUUGUCUAUCUAAUACUUACUA